AUGUUCAAAUUUAUUCUACGAUUGCCUGAUACAGCUGCAGCGGAUGCGCUAUUCUCUGAAGCAUACGCUUGCCUUGACCAAGGACUGUGCUAUGAAGAGUUCAACGAUAGAUUCAGACUCAAAGUGUUGCAAAAGGAAAUAGAGGAGUUUCAAGACCAAAGUAAAUGUGAUAGUGUAGACAAAGGAGAAGAUAAGGUUGGUCCAUGGGUUUAUCCAUUGGUGAGCGGAAAGAGUCCCAUUUUACGAAACGAUUUUGGAGCAUACGUUGUCCCAAACCCAGUUGCUGAUAAUCCUAAUUUGGCGGUAGCUAUACUACUACCUGCAGAUAUUGACCCUGAAGUUGCAAAGGAGUUCAGAGAAGUAUUGGAUCAAUAUGCAGAUAUUCGUGACCAGUAUGUGAAGAAGGAACUUUCGGAAGAGGAUAGUCGUCGUAUUAGUCAAAAAUUAACGAAGCUAUUGAUUAGCGGUCAGUAUAGAGCUGGAUUAGAGUCGAGUGAAAAGCCUUUGACGAUUAAUCCAGCUGUAAAAGGAAGCCUAGUAUAUAUGCAUAAAGGCUCAAAAUUGGUGGCCAAGUGCACCCGAUAUCUGCUGGACAAAGUUGGUGAUAUGGGUGUUUCCAUUGGACGAUCGUUAGCUUCCGGUGCGGAAAGGACAUUCGGUAAAGGCAGUGCUGGUGGUCUUGUAUCCGGAACAAUAUCUGUACUUGGAGGUGGUAUCGUUGGUGUCAGCACGGUGUGGAUGGCGCUCGAAAACAAUAGUCGUACUCUUUGCCGUAGCAUUGCAGAUCAAACCGUUCAGAGUGUUCGAAUAAAGUAUGGAGAUGAAGCAUCAGAAGCAGCACAUCAUGCUCUUUUCGCAGCUGGACAUAGCUCAUUAGCCGCUGCCCAACUUUGGGAUCUCGGACCACGAAGCAUCGCGGGUCGAAUGGCCAGACGUGCUGGAGUACAAGUAUGA